AUGGUGCAUGGCGCCCGGUUCUGCCGAGUGAAGAGUUUCACAGACACUGCUCUUGAGGCAGGAGGGCUGUGGGGAGCCCCCUGCGGACAUCGAGGGUUACCUUACUUCUCGGACCACGUGGCUGCGGCAUCGCUUAGCGCCUCCAAAAGUAGACAGAAGCCUGAUCUGGGGUUGUUAACCCUCAACACGAAAGGAUUGUUAGACAACACGUCUGACUCCUGGUCCGCUGGGUUGAAUUUCGAAUCCCUGGAGGCCUCGAGAGAGAGAGAGAAGUCAGAGAGAGGGAUGGAGCCAGCCGUGAGCAGCAUCCAAGGGACUGAGCGUGGCGGUUCCUUUCUGUUCCGGAAUGCUGACUCUGACGUGCGCUGUGGUCUGAUGAAUCUGGAGGGUCAAGUGGCUGAUGACCAGCAGACCUGUGAACCUGUCUGGAUGACCGAGUCCCUCAAGGUCAUCAACUUGAGUCAUUAUGACUAUGACCGUCUGGAGUCAGUGUCUCCUGGGGUCCCCUUGGUGGUCUGUCCGCUUCAUGACUCUGAAAGCUUAGAGGAAGGGAGCUCCCUGAACCGCAGCCCCGCUCUGGGGUCUGUGAGCAGAAAGAGGACCACGUGUGUGGUCAGGAAAACGGGGCUGGCCUCCCCGUCUUCCCUGGUGUCAGGAACUGUCGGGGGCCCCCUGCGCCCACAGUGUUCAGUGACCCCGAGCGAUCCGGCCGGCCGCUGGGCCCCCGUCUUUCUGCUCCCUCUCCUCGCUGACUUCUGUGUGGACAGGUGUGCGCUUCUGGCCGCUGUCAGGCCCAGCUGGCAGGAGGACUCCAGUUUGCCAUCACAGAAAUGA